AUGAGGGUGAUAAGACUAAUAGCGAUACAACCAUCUUUGGGCGGGAAAGAAAAGACCGAACUGGAAACAUGGCUUCCAAAAAAGGGCUUGGCGAUUACUUUGGAGCAAACUAACUGGUAUUGGAAGGCGUUUUUGCUGGAAGGGUCGGAUAGGGACCACGCGGUGGCAAACGUGUUCGGACCAGAAUCACACUGUGUCUUGGGGGUGAGGUUUCCAACAACGAUUGUUUUCGUUGGAAGUUUUGAUCCGUUACAAGACUGGCAAAAGAUAUGCUACCAGGGGUUGAAGAAGAACAGGAUACAAGCUUACUUGAUCGAGUACCUGAAUUCAUUUCAUGCAUUUUAUGCGUUUCCUGAGCUAAUACUACUAGAAAAAAACAGCUUGUGCAACGAGAUUUUGUGCUACGAAUGA